UGAUAUCAAGAUUUAACAAUCCUAUUCCGUUUUGCGAUACAUGCAAAGGACUUUUAUUCGAACAACAGAAUUUCAGUUUACUUGCAUGUAUGAGAAAUGAAGUUGACUAUCACAAGAUUUUAAGUAAAAUUAAGUAUUUAUUUGUUCAUACAAAAUUAUCACGUUAUUGUAUAGGACGUCGACGACUAAUUUAAGUCUUGAAAAGCACAAUUACAAACGUAGGUGCAAUAGAUAUUCAAUGGAUUUUGAUAGCAUAAAAAACAUUGAAUGUCCAUUUACAUGGAAAUUGGAGCCAAAACACACUAUUGCCAUUGGAAAUGAAUCUAUGUUGUAUGAUUAUAAAUCAUCACCUGUUGGUAGUUUCAUUAAAGUGAACACAUUAGCAUACAUUCGAUCUAUGCAAGGAAAUUUUGAUGACGCAGAAGAAUUAAUUGAUGAAAUUAAUUAUGUUUGGGACAUUAUUUGUGAAAGAAUUUCAAAAGAAAAUGAUUAUUCUGUUGAUGUACUACUACACAUAAAAUAUGCAACAGCUUUUUGUGUUUAUUCAAUGAGUAGAAAGAAAGACCAAGCAAAAGCAAUGGAAAUUAAAAUAAAAGAUGCUAAGAAUUUCAAUUCUGAUAUAGAAAAAGGAACAAUAUUUGGAUCUCAGGCAUUUGCUUUAUUGGUAUUUCUUGAGAGAAAUAUUGAUGCAGCCUUGGAAGCAGCUAAAUUGGCUAUUUCAUAUGCUCCCAAUUGUGAAUUGUGGCACUAUAUACAUGCCCAGUGUCUUCGAACCAAAAGACGUCAACAAAAAUUUGAUUUACCUGUUUCCAUAGAAGAAGAAAAUGGAUUUUUAAAAUGUUAUGAGCUAUCACCAUCAGUCGAGAACAUCAGUCGUGUCGCUAGAAUGUACAAGGAGAAGAAAAAUUGGGAAAAAUCUUCAGAAAUGUACAAUCAACUUUAUUUGAAAAAGCCCACUGAUUUUAAUUCAAAUUUAAUUCUUGCCUUACACUUCAUUGGCCAAAAUGAUCUUAUCAAAGCUAAAAAUUGUUUAGAUUAUUUUGAAAAAAAUCCAGAACACAAAACCAAAGCUUACUAUCAUUAUCUGGGAAAAUAUUACGAAAAAUCUGAUAAUUACCAAAAAGCAAAAGAAAACUAUUUGAAAGCUCUUGGUGAUUCAGGUAAUUUUCCUGCUGAUAUGGACCAUCUUAAACUCAUUCGAAAGAUUUCAAGAUCAAAGUUUGAUUAUGAAGAAAUAAAACACCUUAAAAAUAUGUUAAAAAGAUAUGAAGGUGACAAAAUUAAUACAGUAUUUAUAUCAUUAAAUUUAGCCAUGACUUAUUUAUUUAAAAGCAAAAAUUUAAAGCUAGCAGCUGAUUAUUUUUUAAAAGCUAUAAAGAUAAAUCCUUGUGAUCCACAGUUGGAGAAUUUCCAGAUGACUUUCAGAGAUAAAAAAUAUAAUAUUUUUGAUUUAAUUAGUAGAAAUAUCCUAACAGAAAAUGAAAAUAGUUAUGGAAUUACUUUGAAGGAAUUGAAAAAUUAUUGUACUGAAUAUAAUAACCGAGCGGGGAAGAACAAUGUUCCAGAUUAACUGUAAUAAUUUUUCAAACCAAGUUGGCUGAAGUACUGUCAAUUUGAAAAAUAACAUUAAUAAUUUAUUCAAGUGAAUAUCAAAGCUGAAAACUUGAUAGUUUUUAUACCAUUUACAAUUUUAAAUUAAAUAAGUGUUAUGAGUGAGAAAUAAAUACUUUACGUCAAGCAUUAA